AUGGCACCAAUCACGCGGAAUACUUCACUCAAGGCGCUUCAAACGAGGUUGAAGGCUCUAUUGGGAAUGUUCGACGAUAUUUGCCGUUUUGUCGACUCGAUGGAUUAUGACACUCCAGCGACUGCAGCGACAGUUCGUAUAGAGAAAUUGGACGAAUUAUGGGAUCAGAUCAACGACACAACAAUGGAGAUCGAGAUGCACGAAGAUUUCAAUGACGAUGACGAAACCUACUCCAGGAAACGAUCGGAAUUUGGCGAUCGUUAUUACAGGGCGAAAUCUCUGCUACUUGAGAAGGUCAAGGAGCCAGAGAAGAAGUUGAACCUUUCAAUUACCAACCAACAACCAAUCCAUGAGCACGUUAGACUCCCACAAAUCAAGUUGCAGACCUUCGAUGGCAACAUUGAUGAGUGGUUGAGCUUUAGGGAUCUGUAUUUGUCAUUGAUUCAUUGCAAAACAGACUUACCAGAUGUAGAAAAACUCCACUAUUUAAAGGGGUGCUUAGUAGGAGAAGCUAGGUCUUUGAUAGACUCGCUUGCAAUCACCAAAGCGAAUUACCAGAUAGCGUGGGAUGCGUUAAUGAAACGCUAUAAUGAUAGCAAGAUGCUCAAGCGUAGGCAGGUGCAGGCACUUUUUAAUUUACCAAGCGUUACAAGAGAGUCGGUAGCCGAACUGCAGUCACUUUUAGAAGCUUUUGAGAGUAUCGUUAAAACUUUGGAUCAACUAGUACAACCAGCCGAUUACAAGGAUUUAUUGCUACUGGAUGUGUUGUGUUCGAGAAUGGAUCCAACUACACGCAGAAGCUGGGAGGAGCAUUCUACUCCAAAGGAGCAUAAUACGAUCGAAGAUUUAACGGAAUUCCUACAGAGGAGAAUAAGGGUGCUUAGUUCACUUCCCGAAGAAUCCGUCGAGGCGAAUCAGGAUUAUUCACAACAAUUCAAGGGGAAAAUACCUUUAGCCAAAACUAGCCAUAACGCAUUGAUAUCGUCCAGGGAACAAUGUGUAGUUUGUCCAGGUUUCCAUCACCUUUACCAAUGUCCGAAGUUCCAACAGAUGACAAUAUCCGCUCGUGAUAAUUUGAUCCGUACCCUUUCGCUAUGUCGGAAUUGCUUCCGGAGGGGACACCAAGCAACCGACUACCAGGGUUGUGGUGAGCAAAGUGAUCUUAUCUCGGGUGUGCGAAAGGUAGAGAAGGAGGUGAUGAAACUAUCUUCACUCUCUGACUCGCUUACGGACAUGCGAGAUCACAUUACGGCUCAGCUAGACAGCGCGCUAAAGUGCGGUAUGAAAGAUUUGAGACAAAAUAUAUUCAAAAGUUCAAACAAUGCUAUUGAUAAUAAUAUAAAGAGCAAUAGUAUCAAGCAAAAUAGUCGUAAAACUCAGUCGGUUAUUGUAAUAAAACCCAAAGAGUCCAAACAAGCUUGCGAGGAAACUCGAAUGGUAGAGAUGGCUCCAUCAUUGUCGAGUGUUCAAAUGGAGCCAACAUAA